AUGGGUCUUUGUACAAUACUCACAAUACCGAUCCAGGCUAGUGCGCCCAAAGCGGAAGAUCGGGGACUUGCCGUGGGUAUCUUGGUAUCAUUUCGACUCUUCGGUGCUCUGAUAGGGCUGGCAAUAGGUGCAACCACCUUCAGCAGUGUGUUUGCAAACUCCAUUGCUUCUAUCAGCAAGCUGGAGGGCCUGCCUGGCUUCCUGUUCCAUUGUAUGGGCAUACACCGCGGCGCGGCUAAAAAGAUCUUCAAGCAUAAAUACAACGCGUCCUAUAUAAAGAGAGAGAACAAGAAGGUUGGAUGGCUGGGAACGAAGACAUGCAUCUCGACAUAUGGGGUCUCCUGUGUUAUUGGAAUUAUGGUUAUAGCACGCGAACAGCCUCUCCUUUAG